AUGGACAAUAAAUGUUUAAAUUUAUCAAAAACAACACAAAAAUCCCCUUCACUUUCUGAUCGUUUUCUUUGUUCUUCCCCAAUAUUAACAGAAUCUUUAUUAAAAUUACAACAAAAUAAUGAAGAAGAAGAAGAAAAGGAGGAAUUAAAAGAUUCUUUUAAAACAAACAUAAAAUCAUCAAAAAUUUGGCCAAAUUUAAGUUUAACAAAAAUAAACAGAGAAAGUUUUAAAAAGAAAAAACAACAACAAAAACAACUUUCUCGUUUCGAUUUAAUUUUAUUACGAGCAUUUCAACAAAAUAAUAACGAAAAUACUUCUUUGUUACCCCCACUUCCUUUAUUUACUGCUUCAUAUUCUUUAUGCUCUUCUGAUGGGGCAAGUAGACAUAAUUCUUUAGAAAUGUUGGGAACUUUUGGAGAUUUUAAUGAAAAAUUUAAUUAUUAUGAAGAAGAGGGAGAAGAAGGAGGGGAAGGAGAAGAGGGAGAGGAAAGUUUAUUUUGUUCUAAUAAUUCUUCUGCUACAACAUCUGCUAGAGGUUCUGCAUGUUCGGCUUUAUUACAUCCGGAUGGAGGUGCUGCCGUUUCUGUAUUUCAAAGAAUUGAAAGAGAAAAUGAAGAGGAAGGAGAAAAUGAAUGGAAUGAACAAAUAGUAGAGGAGGAGACUUCUGAAAAGAAUGAUCGUUGUCAUCUACAAAAUUUGCUCAAAAAUGAUAAAGAAUCAAAUGAUAAACAAAUUUUACUUAAAAAUACAAAUAUUUGUACAGAAACAGAUCAGGAUAAUGAAGAGGAUGAAGAAGAACAAGAUGAAGAAGGUGGUGGAAGUGUACGUAGUGCUAAGGCAAAUUCUUCGUCUGGUGUUUCUUCCUCUCCCGUUGGACCACCAGUUAAUAGAACGGCAGCAAAAAUAGUUCGUCGUCAUUCAGCUUUUCAAUUAUCCUCUCAACGAAUUAUUUUGCCCCCACAUCCACCCAAUAACAAAAAUAUUAAAAAAAUCAACGUUGGACUUGUCCAUUCAUUGCAGCCAUUAUCGGGUGUCCAAUCAAAUGAGCAACGGCAAAUGUUGGCAAUUCAACAACAAAAUAGACAAUAUUCACAACAAAAUGGUAAAUUGUUUAUUUUACUAAUAAAAUAUUAUAUUUAUCUGAUUUUUAUUUUUUUUAAUUUUAUCCAAUAUAAAAAUAAUUUACAAAAAUGGAUUCACUGA